UGCUAUGCGGUCGAUAUCAUCUCGUUUUCCUUGGUUUACGGCAUCGCGCGCAUCGACAUAGUAUAGUAAAGUAUUGGGCCAAAUCUUCGACAACAAAUUUGUAGUUUGACAAAACGUUAGGGUGGUUGUCUAUGACGCCAAUAUCCAGUGAAAAUAAUCGGCAAUCCUCUCGGUCCAUUGUUCUAUGCGCUUAGGUAAAAUGCCAAUCGGAGUUUAUUUCGCCGAAGCGAUUACGACGGCGUCCGCGCUCCGUCUGAAACGGAUUGGUAUGAAACCCAAUCGGUUCCUCCUUGUCUAAUUUUGCAAUUGGCCGUUCGUUUCCCGCGCCGCUAUUUUCCGAGCACGUCGAUAAGCUAACGGGGCAUCGACCUACGCGAUCUGCCCAGGGAGUGGCAGGCAACGCCACCAAUACACAAGCGGGCUCGUGUGUAGUGCGUCGCGACCAUUGGUCUACAAUUUGUCGACCAAUCAUUGAGAAAGUGCACGGCAAAAUAUCCAAUUUAAAACAUGGAACAGAUCGCCACUACGGCGGAUGGACAGGUCGUCAUCCAUCCCGUGCAGGGCGUCGCGCCCCAGCAGGUGCAGGUGAUGCAGAUGAAUGCCGGCCAAGUGAUACAGGGCACUAACGGGCAGCAGAUUAUGGUGCACACCGUGCCUUCGGGAGGUCAGAUACAGCUGGCCGCUCCAGGAACCCAGCAGAUACAGGUGGUGCCGGUAAGCAGCCUGCAGCAGGGACAGGUUAUCGUGCAGCCUCACCAGCAGCCUCAGAUCGUGCAGACAGCAGACGGACAAACUUUUAUCUAUCAUCCGGGGGCCGUUAUCGAGGGCGGCAACAUUCAGCAGGCCGCACCGACAGUAUUAAAUAUAAACGGAAAUCUGGUACAAAUCGCUAGUGCUGCGCAGCCUGCCGCUAGCGGUGCUUCGGUCGCACAGACGACGGUGUCGUCACCUACCGCCUCCCAGACGGUUGUGCCGCAGACGCUCGCUGCCACGUCGCCCAACGGACAACUGGCUAUGGCUAACGGAAACUUGGUCAUGGUGAGAAACGCCGCAGAUCAGAUGGUGCCCAGUACGAGCGGCACACAGUUUCAGAGGCUGCCCAUACCGGGGGCGGAGUUCCUCGAAGAGGAACCCCUGUACGUAAACGCGAAGCAGUACAGGAGGAUACUGAAACGGAGGCAGGCCAGAGCGAAAUUAGAAGCGGAAGGCAAAAUACCGAAAGAACGACCUAAAUAUCUGCACGAGUCCCGGCACAGGCACGCGAUGAACAGGAUAAGGGGCGAGGGGGGCAGGUUCCACUCGGGUUCCGUUAAGAAACGGCGGGAGGAAAUGGAAAGGCAGGCGCAGCAAGCCCAGCAACAUCAGCAGCAGCAGCAGCAGCAGUCGCAGCAACAAACGCAACAGCACGAGAUGCAACGGAUUAACGUAUCCUACGGCAGUAUUCCAAUGAACACGUCCAUAAUUAUAGAGGGCUUACCGGACAUGAUAAAACCGGAUCCGUUGGCAAUAGAUCAAACCAAAAAGGAGAUAAAUUUUUAAUGACGAUUUAAUUGUUAGGUUUCGUUUAUUCUUUUUUUGUAAAUACGUUGUAUAAAUUUUUUUAAACGGCAGUGGCGUAUUGUACAGUUACCCUUGGCCACUAGGGAUCAUAUCACCUUUUGUUUUGUAGUUCGUAGUGGAUAAUAUUUGUAAAAUACGUUUCGGACUGAUAGUUGUAAAUGUUUUUUGUAUAAUGUAGAUAUUAUUGUUCUUUAUUCAAUUUCUUAAUAUAUCGCGUG